CGUCAGGCAAAGUACAAACAAUCCUCCCUCAUACGUAUUUAAAUCCCUUCGAUCUCAAACUUUCUCCGUAACAAACAUCUCCUCUCUUCUUUUUCUGUCAAAAUCUUCACUCAUGGUCAUGGCCAUGGGAAUCGAAACCGCCCAAACUCCUUGUAUAACUACCUUCAUUUUCACCUACGGUACCCUCAAGCGCGGUUUCUCCAACCACACCCUGAUCCAAGAUCUAAUGCGAACCGGAGACGCUGUCUUCAAGGGCACCUACACAACCGUAGACAAAUUCCCCCUCGUUUGCGGUCCCUACAAGGUUCCUUUCCUCCUCAACUUCCCCGGCUCCGGCCUCCGCGUGACAGGGGAACUAUACGGCGUCUCCGCCUGCGGCCUCGCCCGCAUGGACGAGCUGGAAGGCACCACUCGUGGCCACUACCAGCGGUUACCGAUUCGUGUGGUGGCUGCAGCGGCGGAAGAUGAGAAGGAGAACGAAGAAAAUUCGGUAGAGAUAGAGUGCGUGGAGGCGUAUUUUGCAGAUAAAAGUUACGAUAAAGAGCUUUGGAGAAGGAAUGGGAAUAAGGGAUUUGGGAUUUAUUCAGAAAAAGAAGCAAAAGGGUAUGUGAGAAGAAAGGAUCGGCCGCAGAAUUUGAGUUUUUUGGAUCAAAUUCGUAUAUUUAUUGCUUCAUCUUCAGAAUGAUAGAUUAAUUUUUGGAUAAAAAGAGCAAAUCCCUUAAUUUGCUUUCUUGUUAUUAAUUUUCAUAUUUAUCCGGCGCGGUAACAUUACCGUCGUUCCUGGGUGAUCUGGUGCGUAACACACAGUCAGGGUUUGUGAUGAUACUUUUGUUUUAUCCAAAGUUUGUUGGAAAG